AGAAGGGGGCAGAACGGGCCAGCGGGGGACAGAAGGGGCCAGAACGGGCCAGCGGGGGACAGAAGGGGAGAAGUACAGCAGCGGGACUCAUCAGGAUGGUUGGACUGGGUUUCUACUGCAGGAGGGCUGCUGAUUAUCUUUGACCUCUGACCUUCAGACUGUCCUCCGCCUCCUCCCUUAGGGGCGCGGUUUGUGGACACCCCGGGCUGUUACCACAGUGAUGAGCUCCUCCCUGCUUGGUGGAGAAGCAGGUCUGGGUUUGGUUCUGGUGGAGUUUGAAUUUGAGUACCAGGGCCGGGAUGGUGCGCUGGUCUCCAUCAAACCCAAUGAGCGUUACAUCCUGCUGGACAAAACCAACGACCACUGGUGGCAGGUGAGGAAAGACCAGCGUCACAAACCCUUCUACAUCCCUGCCAAGUACGUCAAGGAGCUCCCCACCUCACUCCCUUCCCUGCUGGAUUUCACCCACCCGCCCACACUCGACAUGCCGCCGCUGCUGCCGCCUCUGGCCACCACGCCCAAACCCAUCCCGGUUCCGGUUCCCAAGACGUCCGAGGAGCUGGUGGGUGGCAGAACCAAGCCAGGUGAUGAGGUGACUAUCCGUCUGCGGCCUGACUCUACUGCCCACCGCAGGACGGAGAACCGCAUGUCCACCUUUGGUGUGAUGCUGGACUCUAAUGACCCGCCGCCAUCCAGAUGGGUUGCCGACGUGCCACUUGACGUCCCUGGUGACUCAGAAAGCAAAACCGGCAGUGAAGGAACUACAAACAUGGUUGACAGCAGCCUUGGAAGGAAGAGGCAGAGUGUAUUGGGAAGUGUGGGUAAAUCUGUCUCUCUGGAUGAGCCAGGCGGGGCCGCCGACCCCAUUCCCCCCCACCGCCCUCACACCCAGCCCAUACCAGUGGAGACACCAACAGUUCCCAGUAUGGGAGCAGGCACGAAGCAGGCAGACUCCCCCAGAGCCUCCUCUCAGCACCAGGAGAGCCACGAGGAAGAGGAGGAAGAGGAGGUGGCAGAGGAGGAGUUUAGUGAGGAGGAGGAGAAAGACUGCUGCAAGGAGGAAGAUUCACACCACAUCUAUGAAUCCAUUCAGGACCUGAACCUGGACCUGGACUCCCUGAGAACAUCCGAGACUCCUCACUCACAGGUCCACACUGACAAAGACAGUGGUAAGGUCUUCUAUUACCACCCCGCCUCGGGAGAGACCACCUGGUCCGACCCCCGCAACCCAAGCACCCCCUCCGCUGGAGACAACAUGGAAACAGCCAAAGGGAGGAAGGAGCUCCAAGCCUCCCCCUCCCCUGUCCUCUCUCCCGCCUCUUCCCAGGGUUCUUGUGGUUGGGAACAGCUGCUGGAUGAAGCAACAGGGAGGCCUUAUUACUACAACCCCAGAUCAGGAGCCACCAGCUGGGAAUCACCUGAGCCACUCUCCGCCUCCUCCCUGAACUCUAGAGCCGCACACAGCCCCACACCCCAAGAACCAGAAGACAGGCCGCCGCCCCUGCCGAAGGAAGACUACCCUACAGAGGAGGAGAACUCACCCCACACCUUCAGCACAAAUGCCCAACCACAGCAGGGGAAGCAUACUGGUCUAAUCCCCAGAGCCCAGCUGGACUCCAGUUUACCCAGUAUACCCAGUAUACUCACUACUCCUGCUGGCUGGACAUGCUCCAAAGAUGCAGACGGAAAAACUGUUUACACCUCCCCUCACUCCCAGGAACAGUGGGUCAGGUGUGAAGAUGACAGAGGGAAGUUUUAUUUCUACAUGAGAGAUGGAACCAAAUCCCAGUGGACUUUACCAAAGCUCCCAUCAGCCCCUGGCAGCCUGCAGCCCCAGAGGCUCAUGGGUAAUGGAGUGGAUCCGGAGGGAAUCACGGUGCAAGUCAAGGGGUGGAGACACAGCAUGGCCCCGCCUCCCGAUGACAACUUGACAGAUGGGGAGAGAGGGAGAGAGAGGUGUGAUCUCAGCCAUAGGAGGAGUGGCUCAGACCACAGUGACACCUCCAGCACAGGCACCGCUCACCACACCUCGCCCCCUAGCCAUCUGCUGGAGAAAGCGGGAAUCCUCAACAAAACCAAAGUAGCCGAUAAUGGCAAACGGAUCAGGAAAAACUGGUCUCAGUCCUGGACAGUCCUUCAUGGAGGAGUCCUCACAUUCCACAAAGACCCCAAAACUGCUCCCAGCAGCACUUCAAGUAAAACCACUCAGAUUGUUCCUGAGUACACCGUCGACCUCAGGGGGUCGUCACUGACCUGGGCCUCCAAGGACAAGUCCUCCAAGAAGAAUGUUCUGGAGCUCAGAACUCGUCAUGGUUGUGAGUAUCUGGUGCAGUACGACACAGAGAGCAUCAUCAGUGACUGGCACAAAGUCAUACUGGACACCAUCAGACAGCUGGAUCAGGACCAGUCAGAGGAAAGUGAUGACGGCCAAUCAGACAAGGAGGACAGAGAGAAGAAGAGGAGCACCACCAGGGGUCAUUGUGGUUCUGCCGACCCGGAUCAGGGCCGCGUCCGAACCAAACUCAGGAAGUUUCUGCAGAGACGGCCAACGCUGCAGAGCGUCAAAGAUAAAGGAUACAUCAGAGAUAACGUGUUCGGAUGUCAUUUGGAUACUCUGUGUCAUAGAGAAAACACCACAGUUCCAAAAUUUGUGGAGAAAUGUAUCAGAUCAGUAGAGAGGAGAGGUCUAGAUGUUGAUGGGAUCUACAGAGUGAGUGGUAACCUGGCAGUGAUCCAGAAAUUAAGACAUAAAGCUGACCACGAGGAGGAGCUGGAUUUAGAGGACGGCCAGUGGGACGAGAUUCAUGUCAUCACAGGUGCUCUGAAGCUUUUCUUCAGAGAGCUGCCAGAACCUCUGUUCCCCUUCCACACCUUCACCAAGUUCAUCACUGCUAUCAAGAUCCCAGACUACAAUCAGAGGGUUUCCUACAUAAAGGACCUCGUUCUCUUACUGCCGCUGCCGAACCAUGACACCAUGGAGGUUCUGUUUAAACACCUCCGCAGGGUGAUUGAGCAUGGAGAGUCUAACAGGAUGUCUGUCCAGAGUGUUGCCAUUGUCUUUGGUCCCACGUUGCUGCGCCCCCAGACUGAGUCAGCCAACUUCACAGUCCACAUGGUUUUCCAGAGCCAGAUUGUGGAGCUGAUCCUCAAUGAGUUCCACACCGUCUUUCCCGGGAGGUAGAAAUUACUACAAGCCUUCUGGAGUCUUUUGGCACCCUGCAAAACCUAGAGGGACCUUCUAGAAACUCCAAAGACCCCAGAAACAUUCAGAACCUUGAGGAACCUAAAUCUUCUACAGCUUUUAUACUCUGGGAUUUACAAUAAUCACCAAACUGAGGAAUCUUAUAUUUGUUCAAAUCUGUUCUAACAUUCAUUGAUGGUUUUACUACAUUGUUGCCUCCACCCCUCCCUCAUUUUACGGGGAGGUCAAUGGUCACGUCAGUUCCAAAGGAGUAAGGAGGGAUUUCAUGUUGUUUCAGCUGGGGAAUUUCAUGUGGAUCAGAAGCUGUCAUCUCCCACCAAACCCUUACAAGACGGAACCUUGUGGAUCUUCUGGUCCAGUGCGUCUAAACCAACCAGAACUAUCAAACUGAUGGGCUCCUCUUGGCAUCUUCAGAAGACGGGAAUCUCUCAGUUCUCUUUCAGGUCCUCAGGAGACUCCUGUCAUUUAUAAAUGAAGACUCACCUGAACCACAAACCUGAGACACCAAGAGCCCGAAUACAUUCAAUGCCUGGACAGAUGAAAAUCCUUUAAUCUGAAUUACUACAGAAAACGUGUCAUUGAGAAAAGAUGUUUUAUAUAAGAUAGAUUGUUUAAAAGACUUCUUUGUCUGGAAAAUAAGAUUUUCUCAUUUAUGUGAAAGAUUCAGUGUCAACCUUCCAACUCAACUCAACGGAGGACCGACAUUUCAGGAAUAAAAAAAAAUGUUUGGUUGAAAGAACAGAGAAGCAGAGAGAGAGAGAGAGUGAGAGUGAGAGAGAGAGAGAGAGAGAGAGAGAGAGAGAGAGAGAGAGAGAGAGAGAGAGAGAGAGAGAGAGAGAGGAGAGGUAUAGUAAAGAUGACGGGGAGGAAGACAACAAAUGUUGGUUAGAAAUUGGAGAAUUGAACAAAAUAUGUUUAAUUUGCAUUUUGUAAGCUGUUCUAUCAGAUCAAGUUUCCCCAUUAAUAUUUCUCUGCUAUUUGAGCACUAGCACCAGUCAGCCCAGCUCUCCUCUUCACCUGCCAUCAGAUAGAAGGCUCGCAUAACGACGACUUUAGCAUCACUGGACUCUGAAUUAAUGUUUAACGUCUUAAGUUUUAGACGGAGAAUUAAAGUUAGUCUACAUAGAGUAUAAGUACUGAGAAUUAAGAGAAAAAAAUCAAUAGUUCUUAUCAUGUUCAGAAUCUCUCUGAGACAAAGUGAAAAGCCAAACCAGAGCUUUCUGAGCAGAUCCAGUCUGAACCCAAAAUCCACAAGCUCUGAGUCCUCCUGAACUACCAGGUCUACCCACUUCUAACAACACACCAGUUUUCACGGCAGUCCUUCAGUAUAUCGCUGCAGUAUUUCCGUCUGUUGGACUACUGAACCUUUGAUGAAAACACUCCAGCAGGGAAAACCACUAUCAAAGCAGUCCAAGGUGUCAGCCCAAAACAAAGGGCGUAUAUCCGAGGAUUCAGCAUUCAAGUGUAUAAUACUGUAUGGUUUUAUAUAUUCAGAUGGAAGCAGAACAAAAAUAAAGAACAAUUAUAUGGCACGAUAUUAAAACUAAAUAGAAACAUUGGAUGUAUAUAAGAGGGCAUUUUACUGAUCUUUUAAUAAAAAUGUCUA